AUGCUAGAUAACAUGCAAUUCCAUUCUCCUGCACCGGAACAUCCCCAGUUGAAUAGGGUCAUUAACGGAAAUCCCGCUUCCCACAGAUUGGGUUACAAACUCCACCAGCAAGUACAAAGAUUGACUAUGGUCAGUGAGAACAUUGAGGGGAGAUUAAACUUGAUGGAAAGUUCACAUGGGUCGAUGUCCGAUAGUAGCGGCGUCUGUGCUAUCGAUGCAAGUGUCGAUGACUACCUAAUACCUUCUCCGCCAUUGUCGCCUAAACUGAGACACAUAUCCAUAGUAAACCAACGGCAGCCAAUCGAUAUGAAAAGCGAUCAUAGCCACUCGAUCAUGUUGACUCCUGUUUGGGAACAAGGGUUGAAUUGCCACAAAUACAAUUGUAAUACAAGAAAUUUCUUAUCGCAGUACACUUUCUUCCAAGAUAUGAAGAGUACGAAAAGGAUACCUAUUAAGGAAAAUAGGAGGUCUAAAAUGGUGAGAUCCGUCCCCGCUUCGGAAGUUUUGCCCAAGAGAAGGAGAUACGAUAGAAAAAUCAAAAAAAGAUCAAGGGAGUUGUAUGAUGAUGAUGAUGUUGAAACCGGCUUAGAAAAUUACGAUGAAGAGAGUGGUUCCGCGCAAGAAGUUCCCGUCAGAUCAGUGACUCCGAUACGUCAAGUCAAAAGACCACCUCAUACUAUUUCUUCACCAUUGGCCUCUCAAGGUAUAGUUAAUAGUGUUCCCAAGUAUGUUCCAAGUAUGUCGUGGGAAAAGUUGCCAGAUUAUUCUCCAUCUUUGCGCACUUUACCCAGCGACAAUACCAAAGUUCUAAAAGUGGAAUGGAAGGGUUCUCCAAUGGACUUGAGUCAUGAUCCCCUCAAACAGCAUUUGCACCCCGCAGAACUGGUGCUUGCUCAGAUCUUGAGAUUACCAUGUGAUCUUUAUUUGGACUCUAAAAGAAGGUUUUUUUUAGAAAAAGUUCACAGAUUCAAGAAGGGAUUGCCAUUUAGGAGAACAGAUGCUCAAAAGGCUUGUAGAAUAGACGUGAAUAAAGCAUCAAGGCUAUUUGCUGCUUUCGAAAAGGUGGGCUGGUUACAGGAUAAACAAUUCGAAGAUUAUUUAUGA